AUGGUUGGUUGGUUGAAAUAUGUAGACUCUAUUAGUAUCGCCUGCACCUGGCCAUAUAACCAUCUCAUGGCGAUGCGCCUAAACUUCAUGUCUGGCCCUCUUUUGAAAAAAGUUGCCGCCGCCGUCGAAAAACAUUUGGGCGUGGCCGACUCGGACGAGACGCUCUCGCGGUUUCUUCUAAGUUUGUACGAGGAGCCGUUGGAGGCGUUUUCUCGGGCGGUCGAGGCCAAUGGCGGAAGCGACUUUCCGCCCGCGUUUGUGCACGAGGUUUUCGAGGCGAUAAGAGAGGAGCUGAAACUGAAAGAACUGAAAGAGCUGAAACUGAAAGAACUGAAAGACGGACUGAAGAGAGAAGAACAAGUGGAGACAGAGCCAGAGAACCAGGUGCAUGAAAAACCAGCGGAAACGCAAAGGGAAAGGCUACCGUCUGAAAGGUCCAAAGACACUGGCACGGAGCAGAGAACUCAAAAGGAUCACAACAAUCAGCAUCAGAGUCAUCAGAAUCAGAAUCAGAAUCAUCAGCAUCAGAAUCAUCAGAACCAUCAAGAUCAGCAAAAUCAGAAUCAGCAAAAUCAGCAAAAUCUACACGCCCCUGAGCCAAACCUUGUGGUCGGCGCCGUCUGCCGCGGAACCGUAUCCAACAUCACGCUGUAUGGCGCUUUCGUCCGCCUCAACCGGUUCGAGUCGGGCCUCUGCCACAUCAGCAAAAUGCUGUACGAUGGGCGCCGCGUGGGUCUGCCCGGCGACGUUGUGAAGCAGAACCAGGAGGUUUUUGUGCGGAUCACAGACGUUGGCUCGGGCCGCCGCCGCAAAAUCGCCCUUUCCAUGGUGGGCGUCGACCAGACCAACGGCGAGUAUGUCGAGGGGCGAGAGUCGGGGCGACAGUCGGGGCGCGACACCGAGUUUGGGCGGCGCGGCCGAGAAAUGGGGCGCGACCGCGCUGUUUCUUCAGGCGCGCGCCGGCUCACGUCGCCCGAGCGCUGGGAAAUCCGCCAGCUUAUCGCCGCCGGCGCGGCUCGCGCCUCAGACUACCCCGAGUUGUACGAGGUCGAGGAAGACCCGGCCGAAAGCGAGGGCUUUGAAGUGGAGAUCAAUCCGCACGAGCCAAAGUUUUUGCAGGGCCAGGUGCGGGCGCGAGCCGAACCGGCGCACAUUCUCAAAAACCCCGAGGGCUCGUUGUCUCGGGCCGCGAUGGACGGGCUGCGGUUGGCCCAGGAAAUGAGAGAGCAGAAGAAGGAGCAGAGAAAGAAGGAGAAGCAGCAGGGCACCGAAGAGAAGAACAAAGACAAAGAACAGAACAAAGACAAAGAACAGAGCAAAGGCAAAGAACAGGCUCCAUACUCCAAGUCUAGAAAAAAUGUUUCCAAGUCCGACCUCGCUCAGCUGCGCAAGCGGCUUCCCGUCUACGCCAUGCGCGAACAGCUCCUCUCGGCCGUUCGAGACAACCAAUUCGUCAUUGUGGUGGGCGAGACCGGUUCGGGCAAAACGACCCAGAUCGUCCAGUAUCUCUACGAAGAAAACUUCCACCGCGGCGACAAGAUCAUUGCAUGCACCCAGCCGCGGCGUGUGGCGGCCGAGUCCGUGGCGAAGCGUGUGGCCCAGGAAGUCGGGUGUCCGCUAGGCCAGGAGGUGGGAUACACCAUUCGUUUCGACGACCGCACGUCGCCCGCGACCAGAAUCAAGUACAUGACCGACGGUAUGCUUCAGCGCGAGGCGUUGCUCGACCCGCAGAUGCUGAAGUAUGCGGUGGUGAUGUUGGACGAGGCGCACGAGCGGACUGUGGCCACCGAUGUGCUUUUCGCUUUGCUCAAGAAGGCGGCGCGGGCCAACCCGGACCUUCGUGUUCUCGCCACGUCCGCCACGCUUGAUGCCGACAAGUUCUCGCGCUAUUUUGGCGGCUGCCCUGUGCUUCAUGUUCCCGGGCGGACUUUUCCCGUUGAAAUCAUGUACUCGCGGGAACCAGAGCCCGAUUACGUGGCCGCAGCUCUUGACUGUGUGAUGCAGAUCCACGUGGCCGAAGACUCGGGCGACAUUCUUGUGUUUCUUACCGGUCAGGACGAGAUUGACACCUGCUGCGAGGCGCUCGAGGCCCGUAUCAAGACGUUGGGCCGUGCCGUGCCGGAACUUCUAGUUUUGCCUGCCUACUCGGCUUUGCCUCCUGACCAACAGGCACGAAUCUUCGAGCCGGCGCCGCCUGGCGCCCGGAAAGUGGUAUUGGCUACAAAUAUCGCCGAAACGUCCAUCACCAUCGAUGGCAUCCGCUAUGUGGUAGACCCGGGUUUUGUCAAGCUCAACGCCUACGACCCGCGGCUUGGAAUGGACCUGUUGGUUGUGUCGCCCAUUUCGCAGGCUCAGGCCAAUCAGAGAAGCGGAAGAGCAGGCAGAACAGCACCAGGCAAGUGUUUCCGUCUCUACACGGAAGAGGCUUUCCGCACAGAAAUGCGGCCAAACACUGUUCCCGAGAUCCAGAGACAGAACUUGGAGCACACCAUCUUGAUGCUCAAGGCGAUGGGGAUCGAUGAUGUGCUCCGAUUCGAGUUCAUGGACCCUCCUCCGGCUCCAACCACAGUACAGGCGUUGAAAGAGCUCUAUGUUCUUGAUGCGCUCGACGAAAACGGCCAUCUCACCUCGAUGGGCCGCCGCAUGGCCGAUUUCCCGAUGGAGCCUGCGCUUGCGAAAACGGUCCUAGCCAGUGUGGAUCUUUCGUGUGCUUCGGACGUUUUAAGCGUGGUGGCCAUGUUAUCGGUGCAGAAUGUGUUUUAUCGGCCAAAGGACAAACAGGCCGCCGCAGACCAGCGAAAACAGCGUUUCCAUAGUGUCCACGGCGACCAUCUCACUCUUUUGAAUGUUUUCCGUGGCUGGGAACAAUCAGGUCGCUCGCGGUCGUGGUGUGCCGAGAAUUUUGUCCAAGAACGAGCCAUGUGGCGAGCUUUUGAAGUUCGCAAGCAGCUCGCGGCCAUUAUGGUGCGGUUUCGGCUUGAUGUCCAUGGAUCGGACGCCUCUGCUGUCCGCAAGGCGUUUUGUGCGGGCUACUUCCGCAAUCUGGCGAAGCGAGACCCCCACGAAGGAAUCUUUACUACUUUGGUCGACCAGACCCCAGUGCAUUUGCAUCCGCUGCUGGCAGUGUAUGGGAAAAGUGUGGACUAUGUGAUUUACCACACACUUCUUCUCACUACAAAAGAGUAUAUGCAUUGUGUCAGUGUCGUUGAUCCAAAAUGGCUUGUUGAAUUGGCGCCGCGGUUCUUCCAGCCUAGCGACCCUAAUAACCCGAGCGAACGGCGCAAGAGGCAGAAGAUUGUUCCACUCUUCAAUCGGUUUGCUGAAAACCAGGACUCUUGGAGGUUAACUGCACAAGUGGAGGAAAAGAAACGGGCCUUGGGGCGUUUGAACCAGUGA